AUGGUGACUAGAACAAACUUGACCAUCCAAGUGAGCAAGUAUAGCACCCCCUCGGUAGAGCAAAGUAAAUCACUGGUGACAACUUGGGGUUGGUCAUCUUGAAAGGGGAUAGUCAACCUGGCAUCAAUGUUCUUUGCCAAAACCACUCAUGAGUAGGACAACAGCUCUAUGUGAUUAAAUAUUUCUUUAUGGAGGUUACAAGAAGAUGCCGGUCAUCUGAAACCAUAGUCCCCAAAGAACACAACCCCAUCCUAGGAUCUCCAGUGAGGAGGAAAACUGAGGUAUGCUUUAUAUUUGGAGUGUACUUCUGUGUCUAAAAUUGUUGAAGGACCACACCAAACACCAUAACCACUAUAGCAUGCUAUAGUGGUGUCAGGAGUGCCUUGAUGCCCUUCCAGUGGAAGUAGUCAAACCAUUUAAGAAUGGUUUGACAGCUUACCAGGAGUCCACUGUGCGCCAUGAGCCACAUCCCUUUGAUCCCAGAAACCCCUGUAAGGAGUUUCCAAUAGCUCCCCUGAACUAAGCCCUGCCAUGCAGGUUUGGCUCAUUUGUCGAGAGAUAUUGGGGUACUGUGGCAUCGUGGUGGGCUUAACACGAUAUGGCCAUAUGGUGGAACUGAAUCCCCAUAUUUGUUUGCUGUGAUAGGUAUUUUUAAGUAGAGCCCUGUAAAAUAUAAUAUUUUAUGUUUGUGUGUGCUCCGUUCAGUAAAUCUGUAGCACCACUGCUGAAAAAUGUGUGUUCCCGGCGUGCCCCCUAAUUCCCUUUUUUCCCAAUGAAUUCCAUCCAAACGUGGGCAUAUUUGAUAUCACUAAUGCAGAAAUAGUCAGUUGCAUAUAUGUUCUACCAUAAUAGGAGGCGGGAGUGGAGGUGCAUGAGAGACCCAAGUAAGUGUCAAAUUAUUAGAGAACUGUUUGUCUACUUAUGGUUUUAUUACUUAUUGUGGAAUUGCAUUAGGAGAUUCCUAGCACCAUAACUAAUACAGGGGCCCAUAAUAGUUAUGGUACCUAGACCCCCCCCCCUUUAACUGAAUAAGAGUACAGUUACUUUUCUAUCUGUUAUUAUAAAGCAGACUGGUGUAGAAUGCAGUGUGUGUAUACCUUUGUGGGUAAUUUGCAGUGUGUGUACACCUUUUUGGGUAAUUUGCAGUGUGUGUACACCUUUGUGGGUAAUUAGCAGUGUUUAUAUACCUUUUGUGGGUGAUUUGCAGUGUUUGUGUACAUUUGUGUGUAAUUUGUAGUGUGUACACCUUUGUGGGUAAUUAGCAGUGUUUAUACACCUUUGUGGGUAAUUUGCAGUGUGUACACCUUUGUGGGUAAUUUGCAGUUUUUAUAUACCUUUGUGGGUAAUUUGCAGUGUGUGUACACCUUUUUGGGUAAUUUGCAGUGUUUGUAUACCUUUGUGGGUAAUUUGCAGUGUGUGUACACCUUUGUGGGUAAUUUGCAGUGUUUAUACACCUUUGUGUGUAAUUUGCAGUGUGUGUACACCUUUGUGGGUAAUUAGCAGUGUUUAUAUACCUUUUGUGGGUGAUUUGCAGUGUUUGUAUACAUUUGUGUGUAAUUUGCAGUGUGUACACCUUUGUGGGUAAUUAGCAGUGUUUAUACACCUUUGUGGGUAAUUUGCAGUGUGUACACCUUUGUGGGUAAUUUGCCGUGUUUAUACACCUUUGUGGGUAAUUUGCAGUGUUUGUAUAUCUUUGUGGGUAAUUUGCAGUGUUUAUUCACCUUUGUGGGUAAUUUUCUAUGGCCUGCCAUUAAUCCAUUGCAGUAAGUACACUGUGUGAGCUGAAAUACAGUUCGUGUGUUACUGAGAGACAGUCUGUGUGAGUUUGUGUAACUGGUAUACUGUGAUCAAAGUGUGUUAUUGUGAGACAAUCUGUGUCAGUUUGUGUUACUGGUGUAUUGUGAUCAAAGUGUGUUAUUGUGAGACAGUCUGUGUCAGUUUGUGUAACCGGUAUACUGUGAUCAAAGUGUGUUAUUGUGAGACAGUCUGUGUGAGUCUGUGUAACUGGUGUAUUGUGAUCAGAGUGUGUUAUUGUGAGACAGUCUGUGUGAGUUUGUGUAACUGUUACACUGCGAUCAGAGUGUGUUAUUGUGAGACAAACUGUGUGAGUUUGUGUAACUGUAUACAGUGAUCAGAGUGUGUUAUUGUGAGACAGUCUGUGUGAAUUUGUGUAACUGUAUACUGUGAUCAGAGUGUGUUAUUGUGAGACAGUCUGUGCCAGUUUGUGUAACUGGUGUAUUGUGAGACAGUCUGUGUCAGUUUGUGUUAGUGGUGUAUUGUGAUCAGAGUGUGUUAUUGUGAGACAGUCUGUGUGAGUUUGUGUAACUGGUGUAUUGUGAUCAGAGUGUGUUAUUGUGAGACAGUCUGUGUCAGUUUGUGUAACCGGUAUACUGUGAUCAAAGUGUGUUAUUGUGAGACAAUCUGUGUCAGUUUGUGUUACUGGUGUAUUGUGAUCAAAGUGUGUUAUUGUGAGACAGUCUGUGUCAGUUUGUGUAACCGGUAUACUGUGAUCAAAGUGUGUUAUUGUGAGACAGUCUGUGUGAGUCUGUGUAACUGGUGUAUUGUGAUCAGAGUGUGUUAUUGUGAGACAGUCUGUGUGAGUUUGUGUAACUGUUACACUGCGAUCAGAGUGUGUUAUUGUGAGACAAACUGUGUGAGUUUGUGUAACUGUAUACGGUGAUCAGAGUGUGUUAUUGUGAGACAGUCUGUGUCAGUUUGUGUAACUGGUAUACUGUGAUCAAGUGUGUUAUUGUGAGACAGUCUGUGUCAGUUUGUGUUACUGGUGUAUUGUGAUCAGAGUGUGUUACUGAGAGACAGUCUGUGUGAGUUUGUGUAACUGGUAUACUGUGAUCAAAGUGUGUUAUUGUGAGACAAUCUGUGUCAGUUUGUGUUACUGGUGUAUUGUGAUCAAAGUGUGUUAUUGUGAGACAGUCUGUGUCAGUUUGUGUAACCGGUAUACUGUGAUCAAAGUGUGUUAUUGUGAGACAGUCUGUGUGAGUCUGUGUAACUGGUGUAUUGUGAUCAGAGUGUGUUAUUGUGAGACAGUCUGUGUGAGUUUGUGUAACUGUUACACUGCGAUCAGAGUGUGUUAUUGUGAGACAAACUGUGUGAGUUUGUGUAACUGUAUACAGUGAUCAGAGUGUGUUAUUGUGAGACAGUCUGUGUGAAUUUGUGUAACUGUAUACUGUGAUCAGAGUGUGUUAUUGUGAGACAGUCUGUGCCAGUUUGUGUAACUGGUGUAUUGUGAGACAGUCUGUGUCAGUUUGUGUUAGUGGUGUAUUGUGAUCAGAGUGUGUUAUUGUGAGACAGUCUGUGUGAGUUUGUGUAACUGGUGUAUUGUGAUCAGAGUGUGUUAUUGUGAGACAGUCUGUGUCAGUUUGUGUAACUGGUAUACUGUGAUCAAAGUGUGUUAUUGUGAGACAGUCUGUGUCAGUUUGUGUAACUGGUAUACUGUGAUCAAAGUGUGUUAUUGUGAGACAGUCUGUGUCAGUUUGUGUUACUGGUGUAUUGUGAUCAGAGUGUGUUAUUGUGAGACAGUCUGUGUCAGUUUGUGUAACCGGUAUACUGUGAUCAAAGUGUGUUAUUGUGAGACAGUCUGUGUGAGUCUGUGUAACUGGUGUAUUGUGAUCAGAGUGUGUUAUUGUGAGUUUGUGUAACUGGUGUAUUGUGAUCAGAGUGUGUUAUUGUGAGACAGUCUGUGUGAAUUUGUGUAACUGGUGUAUUGUGAUCAGAGUGUGUUAUUGUGGGACAGUCUGUGUCAGUUUGUGUAACUGGUAUACUGUGAUCAAAGUGUGUUAUUGUGAGACAGUCUGUGUGAGUCUGUGUAACUGGUGUAUUGUGAUCAGAGUGUGUUAUUGUGAGUUUGUGUAACUGGUGUAUUGUGAUCAGAGUGUGUUAUUGUGAGACAGUCUGUGUGAGUUUGUGUAACUGUUACACUGCGAUCAGAGUGUGUUAUUGUGAGACAAACUGUGUGAGUUUGUGUAACUGGUAUACUGUGAUCAGAGUGUGUUAUUGUGAGACAGUCUGUGUGAAUUUGUGUAACUGGUGUAUUGUGAUCAGAGUGUGUUAUUGUGAGACAGUCUGUGUCAGUUUCUGUUAGUGGUGUAUUGUGAUCAGAGUGUGUUAUUGUGAGUUUGUGUUAGUGGUGUAAUGUGAUCAGAGUGUGUUAUUGUGAGUUUGUUAUAGUGGUGUAUUGUGAUCAGAGUGUGUUAUUGUGAGUUUGUGUUAGUGGUGUAAUGUGAUCAGAGUGUGUUAUUGUCAGUUUGUGUUAGUGGUGUAUUGUGAUCAGAGUGUGUUAUUGUGAGUUUGUGUUAGUUGUGUAAUGUGAUCAGAGUGUCCCUGGAUACAUUGUAUAACCGGUGUCCUAUUUCCCACACUAAUUAUGAAACACAUUUCAUAACCGCACGUUUCCCCGUGAGUUUCACAUUGGUUCGUCCCAGCGCCGCCCCUUCUCCUCUCUGGGAUUCUAAGUGGCUGGAGUUGUAGCCGCCCAGGACUACAUUUCCCUUCUUGCACCCAGCUAUCCGGAUUGUACCACGAGUCGCCGCGGGGGAGCUCUGCAGUCAGAGGUCAGAAUGAAUGUGUAGGCUGGCAGAAUGUGCCAGGAGUAGGAUGGGUAUUUUGUAAAGAGGGGAAACUAACGGAGGUUUUAGAAUAUUAUAUUAAACUAGUAUUCAUUCUUUGUGUGUGAUUAUGCUGGAGCCAAUAACUGGAAACAGUGUCAUUUAAAGGGCCAGUGUCAGUCAGUGAAGAGGAGACAGAAGCUGUAGGCCAGUCUGGGAACUAAUCAUUAUCUUCAUUCUGAGACAGUGUCAGUAACUGAGGGGGGAGCUCCAUUCUGAGACAGUGUCAGUAACUGAGGGGGGAGCUCCAUUCUGAGACAGUGUCAGUAACUGAGGGGGGAGCUCCAUUCUGAGACAGUGUCAGUAACUGAGGGGGGAGCUCCAUACUGAGACAGUGUCAGUAACUGAGGGGGGAGCUCCAUCUGAGACAGUGUCAGUAACUGAGGGGGGAGCUCCAUUCUGAGACAGUGUCAGUAACUGAGGGGGGAGCUCCAUUCUGAGACAGUGUCAGUAACUGAGGGGGGAGCUCCAUUCUGAGACAGUGUCAGUAACUGAGGGGGGAGCUCCAUUUUGAGACAGUGUCAGUAACUGAGGGGAGAGCUCCAUACUGAGACAGUGUCAGUAACUGAGGGGAGAGCUCCAUUCUGAGACAGUGUCAGUAACUGAGGGGGGAGCUCCAUUCUGAGACAGUGUCAGUAACUGAGGGGGGAGCUCCAUUCCUGAGAGCAUUGUGUGUCAGUAACUGAGGGGGGGGAGCGCCAUUCUGAGACAGGCCAGUAACUGAGGGGGAGCUCCAUACCGAGACAGUGUCAGUAACUGAGGGGAGCCCAUUCUGAGACAGUGUCAGUAACUGAGGGGGAGCCCAUCUGAGACAGUGUCAGUAACGGAGGGGAGAGCUCCAUUCUGAGACACAGCAAGCCAGUAACUGAGGGGGGAGCUCCAUUCUGAGACAGUGUCAGUAACUGAGGGGGGAGCUCCAUUCUGAGACAGUGUCAGUAACUGAGGGGGGAGCUCCAUUCUGAGACAGUGUCAGUAACUGAGGGGGGAGCUCCAUUCUGAGACAGUGUCAGUAACUGAGGGGGGAGCUCCAUUCUGAGACAGUGUCAGUAACUGAGGGGGGAGCUCCAUUCUGAGACAGUGUCAGUAACUGAGGGGGGAGCUCCAUUCUGACACAGUGUCAGUAACUGAGGGGGGAGCUCCAUUCUGACACAGUGUCAGUAACUGAAGGGGGAGCUCCAUUCUGACACAGUGUCAGUAACUGAAGGGGGAGCUCCAUUCUGACACAGUGUCAGUAACUGAGGGGGGAGCUCCAUUCUGAGACAGUGUCAGUAACUGAGGGGGAGCUCCAUUCUGUGAUGGUGUGUCAGUAACUGAGUGGGGGGAGCUCCAUUCUGAGACAGUGUCAGUAACUGAGGGGGGAGCCCAUUCUGAGACAGUGUCAGUAACGGAGGGGAGAGCUCCAUUCUGGAGACAGUGUCAGUAACUGAGGGGGGAGCUCCAUACUGAGACAGUGUCAGUAACUGAGGGGGGAGCUCAUUCUGAGACAGUGUCAACUGAGGGGAGCCCACUUGAGACAGUGUCAGUAACUGAGGGGAGAGCUCCAUUCUGAGACAGUGCUGGGGCACUGAGGGGAGAGCUCAUCUGAGACAGUGUCAGUAACUGAGGGGGGAGCUCCAUUCUGAGACAGUGUCAGUAACUGAGGGGGGAGCUCCAUUCUGAGACAGUGUCAGUAACUGAGGGGGGAGCUCCAUACUGAGACAGUGUCAGUAACUGAGGGGGGAGCUCCAUUCUGAGACAGUGUCAGUAACUGAGGGGGGAGCUCCAUUCUGAGACAGUGUCAGUAACUGAGGGGGGAGCUCCAUUCUGAGACAGUGUCAGUAACUGAGGGGGGAGCUCCAUUCUGAGACAGUGUCAGUAACUGAGGGGGGAGCUCCAUUCUGAGACAGUGUCAGUAACUGAGGGGGGAGCUCCAUUCUGAGACAGUGUCAGUAACUGAGGGGGGAGCUCCAUUCUGAGACAGUGUCAGUAACUGAGGGGGGAGCUCCAUUCUGAGACAGUGUCAGUAACUGAGGGGGGAGCUCCAUUCUGAGACAGUGUCAGUAACUGAGGGGGGAGCUCCAUUCUGAGACAGUGUCAGUAACUGAGGGGGGAGCUCCAUUCUGAGACAGUGUCAGUAACUGAGGGGGGAGCUCCAUUUUGAGACAGUGUCAGUAACUGAGGGGAGAGCUCCAUACUGAGACAGUGUCAGUAACUGAGGGGAGAGCUCCAUUCUGAGACAGUGUCAGUAACUGAGGGGGGAGCUCCAUUCUGAGACAGUGUCAGUAACUGAGGGGAGAGCUCCAUUCUGAGACAGUGUCAGUAACUGAGGGGGGAGCUCCAUUCUGAGACAGUGUCAGUAACUGAGGGGGGAGCUCCAUUCUGAGACAGUGUCAGUAACUGAGGGGGGAGCUCCAUUCUGAGACAGUGUCAGUAACUGAGGGGGGAGCUCCAUUCUGAGACAGUGUCAGUAACUGAGGGGGGAGCUCCAUUCUGAGACAGUGUCAGUAACUGAGGGGGGAGCUCCAUUCUGAGACAGUGUCAGUAACUGAGGGGGGAGCUCCAUUCUGAGACAGUGUCAGUAACUGAGGGGGGAGCUCCAUUCUGAGACAGUGUCAGUAACUGAGGGGGGAGCUCCAUUCUGAGACAGUGUCAGUAACUGAGGGGGGAGCUCCAUUCUGAGACAGUGUCAGUAACUGAGGGGGGAGCUCCAUUCUGAGACAGUGUCAGUAACUGAGGGGGGAGCUCCAUUCUGAGACAGUGUCAGUAACUGAGGGGGAGCUCCAUACUGAGACAGUGUCAGUAACUGAGGGGAGAGCUCCAUUCUGAGACAGUGUCAGUAACUGAGGGGGGAGCUCCAUUCUGAGACAGUGUCAGUAACUGAGGGGGGAGCUCCAUUCUGAGACAGUGUCAGUAACUGAGGGGGGAGCUCCAUACUGAGACAGUGUCAGUAACUGAGGGGGGAGCUCCAUUCUGAGACAGUGUCAGUAACUGAGGGGGGAGCUCCAUUCUGAGACAGUGUCAGUAACUGAGGGGGGAGCUCCAUUCUGAGACAGUGUCAGUAACUGAGGGGGGAGCUCCAUUCUGAGACAGUGUCAGUAACUGAGGGGGGAGCUCCAUUCUGAGACAGUGUCAGUAACUGAGGGGGGAGCUGCAUUCUGAGACAGUGUCAGUAACUGAGGGGGGAGCUCCAUUCUGACACAGUGUCAGUAACUGAGGGGGGAGCUCCAUUCUGACACAGUGUCAGUAACUGAAGGGGGAGCUCCAUUCUGACACAGUGUCAGUAACUGAAGGGGGAGCUCCAUUCUGACACAGUGUCAGUAACUGAGGGGGGAGCUCCAUUCUGAGACAGUGUCAGUAACUGAGGGGGAGCUCCAUUCUGUGAUGGUGUGUCAGUAACUGGGGGGUUGUGACACAAUGGAGCACCACAAACACAUUCAGAGUUACUAACCACUGAAUUUUGUCUGGAUGGACAACAUUUGGUGAAAAUUACUGAUGCUGACUGAAUUAGCAAUUCUCGUAUUUACUAUAGCCAAAUCAGGUAAAAAUCUUGCAAUAGAGAUGUCGCGAACUGUCCGCCGAACUGUCCGCUGGCGAACAAUAGCGUGUUCGCGUUGGGCGAACAUAUCCGAUUUCCGGUCCGCCCCCUAUACGUCAUCAUUGAGUAAACUUUGACCCGGAACCUCACAGCCAGCAGACACAUUCCACCCAAUCAGCAGCAGACCCUCCCUCCCAGGAAGUGUCUGCUGACUGUGAGGUUCCGGGUCAAAGUUUACUCAAUGAUGACGUAUAGGGGGCGGACCGGAAAUCGGAUAUGUUCGCCCAACGCGAACACGCUAUUGUUCGCCGGCGGACAGUUCGCGACAUCUCUAUCUUGCAAUUCUGACCAAAUGAGCACUAUGUGUUUCAUUCCGUGUCUGGUUUAAAUCAGCAUAUAAAAUAUAAAACUCACAUCUUUAAAACCAACUUUUGAAUGUUCUUGCACGAUCAAAAAAUUUAAUUUAGAAAAUCAUGUAGGGCCCCAUGCCCAGCGUCUCCAAGACAUGAAGAACAUGAAGCCCCAGUCAAUUCGGUCAAAGGCCUUCUCCGCGUCUGUGGAGAGCAGGAGAAGGCCCUCCGACCUGCUGGUAGCCAUAUGCAGCAGGGCAAGUGCCCAGAUCGUGUUGUCCCGUGCCUCUCGUUGUGAGGUAAAUCCCCCCUGAUCCCCAUGGACCAGGUCAGGGAGGAAGGCUUGUAGUCUAUGGGAUAGGAUCUUGGUGAAUAGUUUUAGAUCGCAAUUGAGCAGUGAUAUAGGGCGGUAAUUCGCGCAUUGCUCCGCGUCCUUGCCCUCUUCGAGUAUCAGAGAGCUGUUCGACGCUAAGGCCUGUGGGGGAAUUUGGAUUCCCUCUUGGAGUGAAUUGAGUGCGGCCAGCAGGCAGGGGGAGAGGACCUCUGCGUAUUGUUUGUAAUACCGUGUCGGCAACCAGUGCGCAGGUAAGGGGUUUCAGUGCUCUGCGGUAGCCCAACGUGAUUGGUCCGGGAAUAGUUGAAUGGGUUGACCCGCAUGGUUAAUGUCACCCUUGUUGCGUGCCGUAUGUAAAAUUUCCUCCUUGAGAGAAUAUAGGGCCAGAUAGCAUAUUACGUCCCAUGGAGGGGAAUCAGGUGGGCCCCUGGGUCUCAUUGCCUGGUGAGCCCGGACAAAUUCGAUAGGAGUGUCUCUGGGGCGGUUUAGGAGGCCAUUAACGAUUGUAGUAAGUAGGCCUUUGAAUUGAUCUGGGAUUUCUUCACCUUCGGGUAGGCCCCUGACUCUCAGGUUUUGCCUGCGGGCCCUAUUGUCAGGUUCCUUUAUUUGACAUGCCAUAGCUUGUAGCUGUGCUUUUUGGCGUUCUAGUGUAGAGGUAGUUGCAGUUUGGGCUGCCAGGAGGCCGUCGUGAUCCACCUCCAUUUGGGCCAUGCGGUCCGCCAUUCCUUGCUGGUCCGACUGCAUCAUCUGAAGAUCUGCUCUGAAGGACGCAUGGAGUGCUGAGGUCACCUGAUUGAGGUCUACCCGGGUGGGGAGUGCCUUGAGCAAGGACAGCCAGUCUGUUGGCUCGAUGUUGAGGCCUCUGAGUGUGGGGAGGCCUCAGAUGAUGCCUGGGAGGCUGGAUCUGCCGGCGAGGCCAAGUACUGCCGCAUGGAGGGGUGAAGCGAGUCUGGCUGGACCCUGAUGGUUUGGGGGUGCCUCUGUGGAUGCAGUCACACGAUUGGCAUUUCAGGGUUGGAGGAGUUCACCACUUAAGCCGCCAUUCUGCUCCGCUGCUUGGCCACGCACUCCUAGGUCCCUUUUUUAUCCUAAUGUUUCUCUUUUCUGUGAGCUACAUAUUUUUACUGUAUCUCAGUGUGUAACAGAGCUCCACAACAAAAAUACUAACAAUGAUGUGUCUUUAAACUACAAUAAAUGUGUUUAGAAAUCCGUGUGUGUAAAUAAGAUGCAUUGUUAAAAUUAUAUUUUAGUUGCAUAAACCGUUAUUAGUCAGCCACCUAAAACUUAUUAAAGCAACCAUGUCCUAAAAUUUUGGGAGAUAAAAAGUAAGCAACAGGUGAGCUGUGUCAUUUAGUGAAAUAAGGAAUGUUUUGAGGACACCGGCAUUAUUAUAUUGUGGAUUUAUUUUUUGCAGGGCAGGCAAAAUGGUGAUAGGCUUUUACAGACUCGCAUCCCUUACCUCAGUCACUCUCUUGUCAUCUGGGGUUUUAUUACACAAGUCUCAGUACUUGGACCCCAGUGAUUUUGGGGUGGUGCGUAUAGGAAGAGCAGUUAUUACGGUGAGUACCUUGCAUAGAUGAAUUUCCCGUUAUAUUACUAGAUAUUUGAUGUCCUAUUAAUCGCGUGUUUGCCUUUUUUCAGACAGCAGCUAUUAGCAUUGACUACCUCACUCACUUGCGACAUGUCCCAGGAGGGCCAGAGAAAUAUGAAGACAUUAAAUCACAGGUAGAGACACUGCGAUGAGUGGAGUUUCGCUUUUCUUUGGUAGAAAUUAUGAACUGUUCUCCUUCAAAUGUACAUUACAGGCAUGGCUUUAUGUCCAUCUAAACCCAGCCACUAAUCUAUCUGCCAGCGUAUGGCUGGCCAGUUUAUCUUCAUAAUUACUGCAAGUCCCAGUCAGACUCUUAGAAGCCCGUAAUUUAAUGUUUGCAAACAAUAAUUCUUUAAGACAUUUCUAGCUUAUUCAAUGUUGAUCUCAAUGUGGCAAGAUCACUGCAUACUUUAAAAAUAUAUACCCAUUUUUAAUUUUCAGGUUCACAUGCGAUCAGCUCAGCGCUUGCUAGAUUUGUGCUGUGCCAACCGUGGCACAUUCAUUAAGGUUGGGCAACACUUGGGUGCACUCGAAUAUCUGCUGCCCCCGGAAUAUACUCGUACUCUGAGUGUCCUGCACAGCCAAGCGCCCGUCACCCCACUGAUAGAUGUGCUACAGGUUGUCAAGGAGGAGCUAGGUGAAAAGGUAAUAUGCUAACAGACUGGGCCAAUCGAAAAUCAGGGAAUAUAGAUCAUUGGGACUAUAAACUGAUUGCAAACAACUGGUUCAAUGCCCUGCAGGUCUUCUCAGCUCUUAAUAUUUCCUAAGUUAUCAAAAGUAUUACCAUUGAUUUUGGUAAUAGUGUUGGUUUUUAAAACACAACUUAUUGGUGCGCUUUUGUCGUAAUAGCACCAUGUAAAGAAGCUGUAUUAUUGAUUUUGAGAAUAUAGUCUAUAUUUUUGUUGUCAUGGGAUGCUUAGGGUUAACAGGUGGAUAUUGCAUGCCUGCUGAUGACUGCACCCAUAUUAGUGGGGGAGGAGGUAGUGAUGGAUGACUGUUUGUAUGCUAGGCACAAGUUUGUUAUAAGCAAUCAUUUAUCAGCCAUACACAGGAUUUGAUAGGAGCAUCUGGACAGGGUCAUUGUAUAUUAAUAAUUUGAUGUCCCUCUCCCCAUAAAACUUAUAUCAGCAGACAUUCACAAUGAGAUUUAUUGCUUCACUUAUUGCAGUCUGGAGAGGGAUGAGAUUAGCUUGAUUACUCCAUAGUUAAAGGCAAAGGAGCAAUAAAAUUAGCCCAUUCAGUGGAGGUUUAAUGUGAGAUGUGCUGCAGAUCAAGAAAAUAAGGCACAGUAGGUGAGAAAUGCAGAAAUGGAUUCACAGAAAGUGGAGAUAGACUCAAAUGGAAUGUGACAGAUAUGAGAGAUACACUCACAGUGAGUCAGAUAGACCAAGUAGCUUGACUGAGAGAAGCUCACCGGUAUCUUGACAGGUAAUAGGACAGAGAUAUAAAGUAGGAAUUCUCCUAUCCUUUUGCCCUUUCCCAGGAAAAUAACACAUCAACAAUGAUUUUUAACAUUAGUUUUACUUCUACUCAUAUAUGGUUGUGAGAUCUGAAAAAUUAAGUUAAAGGGACACUAUAGUCACCAAAGUAACUUUUUAGCUUAAUGGAGCAGUUUUUUGUGUAUUGAUCAUGCCUCUCUAGUUUCACCACUCAAUUAUCUGCCAUUUAGGAGUUAAAUCACUUUUGUUUCUGUCCAUGCAGCCCUAACCACAACUACCAUGGCUGUGACUGACACAGCUUUCAUGAAAACAAAAUGGUUUACUUUUCAGUCAGAUGUAACUGACUUUAAAUGUUUUAUCUCCUAAUCUGUAAAAUGAAUUUUAAUUGCACACAGGAGGCUCUUACAUGGCCUAGCAAGCUAUUAACAGAGUAGGAGAUGAGUAAUUCUACAUUAAAAAAUAAUUUGCAAUAAAGGAAGUGUAAACAUUAGAUCUCUCUUUACAGGAUGGGUUAAGGAAGGUUGCACAAGUCUCAUGCAGGGAUGGGGAGAGAGGGGCUGACUAGGGAAUGUAUAGACAAAGUGAUUUAACUCCCAAAUAGCAGUGAAUUGAGCAGUGAGACUGCAGGUACAUGAUCUAUACUUCAAAAGUGCUUAAUUAAAGGACCACUCUAGGCAACCAGACCACUUCAGCUUAAUGAAGUGGUCUGGGUGCCAGGUCGCUCUAGGAUUAACCCCUUUUUUUUUUUUUUUUUUUUAUAAACAUAGCAGUUUCAGAGAAACUGCUAUGUUUAUUAUAGGGUUAAUCCAGCCUCUAAAGCCUCUAGUGGCUGUCUCAUUGACAGCCGCUAGAGGCGUUUGCGUGCUUCUCACUGUGAAAAUCACAGUGAAAAGACGCCAGCGUCCAUAGGAAAGCAUUAUGAAUGCUUUCCUAUGAGACUGGCUGAAUGCGCGCGCAGCUCCUGCCGCACAUGCGCAUUCAGCCGGAGAGGAGGAGGAGAGAUCCCUGCCCGGCGCUGGAAAAAAAGUAAGAUUUAACCCUUUCCUCGCCAUCCAGCCCGGCGGGAGGGGGACCCUGAGGGUGGGGGCACCCUCAGGGCACUAUAGUGCCAGGAAAACGAGUAUGUUUUCCUGGCACUAUAGUGGUCCUUUAAGCUGAAGUUAUUUUGGUGACUAUAAUGUUCUUUUAAAUGUUUAAAUCAAGCACUGCUGUGUUACCUAUAUCCUAGAAAGGAAUGUACACAUCUUGGCUCCCCAUCAAGCAUUGUUAGAAUGUCUGCCUUCUGCACCUACUAGUUCACAUAACUAAAAAAUAGAAAAAAAAGAGGACAGACAGACAAAAUAGGGAUGUUAUCAAACUAUCUCAAACGGUUUUGCCCUUUUUUUUGGACUACCUUUUUUUUUGCAAUCCACCCGAUUUAUCAGUCAUUCUUAUGCCAGAAAAGAUUCACUUCUAUUUAUUUUUUCACUAUAAACUUGGCAGUCAUUUUUGAAAUGGCUAUUUAUGACAAAACAGAGGAAAAGCAGAUGAUUUUUAGACCAUUUUUAUAAUACUUUGAUAAAUGCAAACUUUUUAGAUGGGAAAAAAUUACUUGUUGAAUCUUCCCUAGUUUUCCCUCCUCCAAUGCAACGUGUACCCAGGUAUUUCUUGGACUGAACUAGGUUAUUACUGUAAUUGUUAAAACAUUAGUUUAGCAACACAUGAAGAAAAAAAAAAAAAAAAAAAAAGUUUGCCCAAUGUUAUUAGAUAAUUUAUAUUGUUUUAUUCAUUGGUGUAAUUUCUAGAGAAGGUGAAUAAUUGAUUACAUUUUCUCAAAUGAAAAGAAGUAUUUUUUUUUCUGUGUUUGUACCCAUAUUAUUCUUAUGUACUAAUGUUUUCUAAAAUGAGCAAGGUGAACUGAAAUGUUGAGACGGAAUGGGGAUUACUGAUGGUAAAUUAGAACUGUAAACCAUAUUCAGCAAUAUGGUCACUAACAGCAUUUACAAAAUUAAAGGUUUUUACUAAAUGGUGUAUGGGGAUUACUUUCUAUGCAGCUAAUAUGAGUUUAAAUUUCCCCAGUCGUCCCACCUUUUCCUCCAUUUUGAUGAGACCCCAUUAGGUGCAGCGUCCCUGGCGCAGGUGCAUCGGGCUGUGCUGCGGGAUGGGAGAACAGUUGCUGUAAAAGUGCAACACCCAAAGGUGCAGUCGCAGAGCAAAAAGGACAUUUUUCUCAUGGAGGUUAGUGUUCACAUCCAUAGAUAUUGAAAUAGUAUGGGUUUCUAGCUUACCUCUCCUGUCUGCCCAGCGCUCUAUCUGCAUAUCCAGUGUGACCAGUACUCUUACUCUAUGUCCUGUUUGUUCAAUGCCUUGUCGGCAGGUUCUGAUUUUUCAGUUCUCUCUGUCUAUUAUCUAUCUGUGUUCUGUUUGCUCCAUACGGUGUCUGCAUGACUUGUCCACAUGUUCUGUUGAGCUAGCGCUAUUUGUGCACGUUUUUAUGGCCCAGUGCUCUGUCCGCACAUCCUAUGUGCCUUGUGUUUUAUAUUUACCCAACUGGUGUGCUCCUCUACUCGUCUCUGUGUUCUAUCUGCCUUGCACCCAGCAUGAUGGCCGUUUUUGCCCUGUGCGUGUCUGCCAAUCCUAUUUGUCCUGCGUGCUUCCUGAGGUUUCUGUCUACGUUUUCUUUCUAUGCUGCUCUCUAUGCAUUUUCUGCCACAUCACUUCUCUGUGCAUCUUGUCUGUCCUGUGCCUUUAUGCGUGCCAAGUAUGCCCCCCUACUCUGUCUGACCCAUGCUGUGUCUGCAUUUUCUGUUUGUCUUGCUCAGAUUCUGUUGCGUGUUGUGAAGGUGGUUUUCCCACAGUUUGAGUUCAUGUGGCUUGUGGAUGAAGCAAAGAAAAACCUUCCUCUGGAGCUGAACUUCUUAAAUGAAGGGCACAAUGCCGAGCGAAUGGCCACAAUGGUUCGAGCGUUCCCAUUUCUCAGAGUGAGUAAGUCAAGAUUACAUCAAUUAUAUCAAUUUAAACAUGCCUGUUGGAUUUCAAUUAUUAUUUUUAAUUGAUGCGUAUAUCAUUUGUGCAUACUUUGACAUCCAUUAAUUUAUAAGUACAAUAUUUUUUUUGUUUUAAAGCUUUAUUUGGGGUUUUUAUUUUUGGGGGGAAAGGUUUUAAAUCCCCUUCCCCCCCCAUUCCAGUACAUAUUGAGCCAAUGGAGAAGUAAUGAUUUAUUCUAUUUAAUAGACAUCUAAUGAGCGAAGCUUAGGCAGUUUACUAGUGGUGAUUUUAUAUGUACUUGGUACAGAGGGGGAGGGUGGGGGUGGGGCAUAAACCCCUGCACUUGAGAGGGAGCCUGUAUUUUAUUGUUAUAGUGUCAGUGGCACAGUGGCAGUCUGCGUGAUUGGGGGGUUGGAUGCACAUGUGUUUAGUUGGAGCAGAGGGUGGGCACGCACAAGCCCACCCACUCUAUUAAAUUUACCCGCACACUACCAAGCUCCGUCUUAAAUAACAGGGUAUACCGAAGUCCUUUAUCCCCCACAGUGAGUUGCUUCGUAUUCACUUGUUUUAAUUAAGUCUCUUCUUGAUGACUGCUUGUGCAACCAGUGGGCCAAUUCUAUUUUUCUGUGCCUAGGUGACUUACCUAGAUUUGAAUACACACAGUUGGGAGUAGUAUUUUAAUAAAUUAAAUCCAGGUUUCAAUUUUUGGUUAAAUUUGCAUGGUAGCUGUUAAUUUGAGAAUUCUAAGUAACAUUUGGAUUACAAUAAAAUAACCCUAUUGUGUUCUGCACAAUCGUUCCUGCUUACCCCCUCUUGAACAGGUUCAUCUUAAUGUGUUAUUUGCUUGUUUCAGAUACCAAAAAUUCACUGGGACCUAAGCACGGAAAAGGUCUUAGUGAUGGAAUAUGUGGAAGGGGGGCAGGUAAAUAACAAGGAUUACAUGGAAAAGAAUAAAAUCGAUGUGAAUCAGGUGAGAACAACACAUUCCUAUGGCUGUGGUAAGCAGGGGGCUAAUAAGUCUGUAUCAUGCUUGUGACAGAAGGGGAGUCUCCUGAUGUCAUUGGGACACCCCCUGCCGGGUUUGUGUUCUCAAAGCUGUAAUUAAUACAAUGACAUGGUUAAUGUGAGGGUUUAACACCGCACUAAGAAAGCUUUACAUCCUCUGUGUGACUGACAGCAACCACCGGAGGGGGCUGUUUCAUGUUAUCAGUUAUCACUUCAAAAUCUGUUAACCCUAACCUCAACUGGUUACUACUUCAAAAAAAUAUUAACCCUGUGACUUUUGGCCUGUUUAUUACUGAAAAAUCUAGUAUUCUUGUGAAUCAAUAUCUGUUAACGUUAUGAAUUCUGAAACUAAACUGCAAAGUCAAGACAAAAAAAAUUAAUUGGUUGGAAUACUUGUUUGUUUGUUUUUUACCUUAAAGUAAUAAUUAUUACAAAUGUUACGUUAGCACUAUAAAUUGUAAACUAGUUAACUCUUCAAUGUUAAACUGUUUAUCGUUAUAAAACCCACUGCCGGUAUAUGUUCACUAGCUGUUUCCCGAGCCUGGAUUGCCACCAAUAGAACACUGGUCUCUAAUUCAAGAUGAAAUAAAUUGUUAUGCACAACUAGAUUGUAGUUGUCCCUCUCAGAGAAAUGGUGAGAACUGACUCUGGCUGUCAUUUGAAUAAACCUCGAGAAUGCCACUGGGCAGUGCCCUGGCAUAGUAUACCCUGAUCUCUGCUGGCAGUAUGCCUUUAGAUUCUGCUGUAAGAUCACCCAGAUAAUAGCAUUUAUUAUAUACAAAAAGUGGUGAAUAAGUGAGGCGAGAGACAUAGUGAAAAAAGGACUAAUUGGAACUACAUAUAUGAAUACCAUGUCAUUUAAAAAAUAAAUAGAAUAGAUGAUAUUGUCAUUGCCAUAGAGACAUUAGGGGACACAUAGGAGAACAGAGGGGACGGACACACAGAAAUCACUGAAAUAAGAUCACUACAGGAUUCCCCAUACUCUGAGCUGUGACUCAGAGCAUCCAUUACCCAGCUUUAUAGGAUUUAAACCGUAAAAUUGGGGGAGUACUACAUGUAGGAGGACUGUUGCUUUUUCAGUAAAAUACAGAUCACGACCAGCAUAAGCGGCAUAUCAAAACACACAAGUUAUUUUCUUGCUAGCUACUGGGAUUCCCCAGUUUUUAGCUGUAUUAGCAACAAUGUUUAAAUAUAUGUAAUAAUGUUAUGAACGUGGCUCUUUGUAAUAUGACUGUUGUUUCAACCUAUUAUUCUCAACAUUAUUUUAAACAAAUUGCACUAUGUGUUUGUAUUUUGUUUUAUUGUUCAAUAAAUCAAUGAUAUGUUGGGUGCACUGGGCACAGUAGGGAAUAUCUUGGGCAAUGCGUGUGGACUCAGUGAGGUGUCAAGAAUGAAGGUCCAAAGGGAAAGUGAUAAUUCCAAGGACAGGAUACCCCAUCGAAAUCCCAGGAUCCUAAUUGCCUUCACUAAGAUUAACAGCACAAGUGCCCAGAAUGACAAGAUUUAAGGGAUAACAUCUGAGGAGUACUACAAAGAGGAGGGAUUCUGCUGUUUCUGUACAAUGCAAACGGAAUCUCUUCAAAGUGUACUGUGAAUACACCAACUUUUUCUUCAGAGCCCCAUGCUAAUAUAUGCCUCAUUAUGGCAUUUGUUAAAGAACCUUCUGCACUUACCUCUCUCACUGCUUUCAUGUUUGUGAUACAUACCUGAAUGAUACAAGGUGCAGAGUUAUUACCCUCUUUUAGGGAAGGACACAUUUUGGCAUAUGGUAUUUGGAUAAAGUAGUAGGAGUAGGUAUGUAAGGGAUACAGCGUAUGGGAGUCACUUCAGUUUUAAGUUCUCCUCUUAUCAUCCUCAGGUUUCUCAGGCUCUGGGAAAAUUAUACAGUGAGAUGAUUUUUGUCCAUGGAUUUGUUCAUUGUGACCCUCAUCCCGGCAAUGUGCUGGUUCGAAAGAACCUAGAAACAAAUAGUCCUGAGAUCAUUCUCUUGGAUCAUGGACUGUACCAGGUAAAAUGGUAGAGAGGACAAACUGUAACUUUUUACAAGGCUUUUGUUUUCAGGGCUUACCUACAGGUCAUCUCAUCAUCUCAGUAUAUUGGACAUAGUCUGUAGGACCCACCUUUCACUCCUCUCCAUAUAUUUCACACAGGUACUGACAGAGUCAUUCAGAUUGGAUUACUGCCACCUGUGGCAAGCGUUGAUUGAUGUUAAUAUGGAGGGAAUACGCAAAUACAGUCAGCGAUUGGGAGCUGGAGAACUGUACCCCCUUUUUGCUUGCGUGCUAACUGCCCGUUCCUGGAACUCUGUGAACAGAGGGAUAAAACAAAAUUCUGUGACUAAAGAGGAGGUAAGUGGCACGCACAUGGUCCAUGCAUUGGGGGAGCCAGUGGGUGAUCAUGACACUUCAGAAUUCUCACUUUGAUCAUGCGAAUGCUUCUUGUGUGUGGUACUUUAUAAAUAAAGUGAAUAUAUUUAUGCUAAGGUGUGAAUAUGCAGAUUUAUGUUUGACUAAAGCACAAUGUUCCAGCUCAGUGGGAAUCAAUAAUUAGAUAUUAGGUUACUACUGCUACAUUCUAGAAUGGAGAAGGUCAGGGCAGUAACAUUUAUGGGGAUAUUAUUUGGGGAGCAUUGUUUGAGCACUGGCAGUUCUCACACAUGUUUGGAUAAUUUAAUAGAGGCCUUUAUAAUGCUAAUUGCUACAAAAUCAGCCAUACAUUUCCAAAAAUAAGGCCAGUGUGACCAAUAGGUUAAACCUUAAACAGAAUUUCCAUAUUUAUAUAUCUUCUGCCAUCUGAUUAUUAUCCAUCCAGUCUCACCAAUUGUCCUUUCACCUCUUUCUCCUGUCUCAUCCCUAUUUUUACAUUUACCUCUCCUAGAACAUACACCCUUUCUUUUUCAGCUAAUCCUUCUUUCAACUGCGUCUGUACUGUAUCAGUCUCCUAUCUCACCUCACCAUGCUGUGGAGUAUGGAUUAUGGAUAAUCUAUAUACAAGGCAAACAGAAUUAGACAGAAAAUACAAACAAAAAAACAGGGCAAGAGAUUAAAUUUACACUGACAACGCAUAGCACAAAAUGUGGCCUUUGUACUGUCCUGGUAGGCUAUUGUACAAAGACCCCCCCCAAUGUUUAGGCAGAACAGGUGAUGCAUUUCUCAAAUGAAUCAGUAUCACCCCUUACCUGGUUCUGCAUAAAUACCUCUCCAAACAGCUGAUCGAUAUUGGAGGUGACAUCAGAAAUAUCCUGGACUUGUUAUGUAUUUGUGAAAAUCAGUGGCUAAUGGACUGAGUGUGGCUAAUUGUAUAUGAAUGCCAAGCUAAUUAACUGUAUAUGUGUAAAUACACACUCAUAUUACACCCAUAUAUGUUUUCACACACGUUAUAAAUAAUAUGCGUGUAUUUGCGGCUGUUAUAAAGUGUAUUGGGAGGGCACAUAGACUUGACUUAACCUAAGACAGCUAAAAACUUAAAUCUCAUCACUACAUACUCACAGAUUGUGUCCCCCUUUGUUUGUUUAACUGUCAUACAACAUGUCUGCAGCUGGCUUCGGAUCAUCCUGCUUUAGAUAAGGUGUAAUUAGCUGUGUCUGUAAUUAGAGUUCCUUGUUCAGUGUACAACAGGCAUCUAAUUCAGGAGCUUCUGGAUAACAUAACCUUUUUUGGUGCCAGAGUAUGUGUGUGUUAAUCCUAUUUUACAUAUGUAUAUGUAUUUAUGUGUAUGUUAUCGUACAUGCUUGUUAAUGUUUGUAUUUGCAUACAUGUGUAUUUAUAUAUGUUGGCCUACUUAUUUGUAUUUCUAUAGAUGUUUUUGUGUGUGUGUGUGUUAAUGUAUAAUACAUUUAUACAUGAUAUUUUUAUACAUGCAUUUUUCCACCUCAGUUUUGCAUCUAUUUGCUAUCUUCUGUUCUUUUGUGCCUCUCCCCCGUUUUCUCUAAUUUGAUACUCUGGUUCUCUUUUGCCUCUCUCUCUCACCGAUUCUCUUUUGUAGCUCCUCUGCAAUCACUUUCUGUCACCCCUGAUUUUUCCUUUGUCAAUCGCCUGCCCCCUCUGUGGAUUUGUUUUUCCAUUAAAUUCUCUGUAUGAUUUCCGCAGAUUUUCUUUCUUCUUUUUCCUAACCUGUUUGUUUUUUUUGGUUUUUUUUUUCGCUCCCCAUUGUGACAAUAAUAAGUUUGAGCUCAUGAACAGCAACGUAUUGUGCUCUGUCUUCUGAACUCUUUUCUUUUUUUUUUGUAGGCUCUAGAGAUUCGCAAUAAUGCGGCCACCUACCUCCCUCAGAUCAGUCAGCUCCUUUCUCAAGUCCCACGCCAAAUGCUCCUUCUCCUCAAAACUAAUGACCUCCUCCGUGGGAUUGAGACCACGUUGCAGACCAGUGCCAGCUCCAGCUCAUUCCUCAGCAUGUCUCGCUGCUGCGUGCGAGCUAUUUCCAGGUCAGUAUUCUAUCAAGGUUUACCUGGACCAUGCGAUGCUGCACAAAGAUCCUAAUAUAUUUUGAAAAGUCCAGAAGGGUAUUUUCUCAUUAAAUAAAAUAAACAAAAGAGGGACACAGGACCUGCUAUGAACUGGGUGACCGUCAAUUAGUAGAAGACCCUCGUUCUUUCACCACAUAUGCAUGCUGACGAAGGUCAUAAUACAAAGCAUGAGAUAAUAUUGCGCUGUAUGUGGGGUUCAGAACAAUACAGUAGUAUAAUUAAAAGGAUAUUCUAAGCACCAUAACAACUACUUUUUAAUGUAGGGAUUUGAGUAGUUUGGCAAAAAGGUUCAACUAUCAGCCAGAUAUAUAUAUAUAUAUAUAUAUCUAACCUAACCAAACUGGGAGGGGAAAAGAGAGAAAGAAGGCAAAAGAAAACAUGUCACCUGAACUUUUAAGUUUAUUCCGUGUUCUCACCAUAAAAAGGAAUAUUUUUAUAUGCAAACUGAAUUUCAUGCUGUGUAAUAAAUCUCUCUUCCUCAGAUACCACAAGGAACAUGCUGUCUCAGUCUGGUCCUAUGCUCACAUCUCAAUAUCAGAAUCCUUCUAUUUGGGACAACUUUACUUAUAUGAACUCUUUCUGCGUGUCCGAUCUUCCCGUGUUGGGCGCUGGUUGCAUCAUAUACUGGACUGGGUUUCUAUGCAUCAGCACUGUUAA